CAUUUCAUUUCUCAUUGGAGUCUAAGCUCCAACAGAGGAGUUCAUUACAGACCCAGCAAAAGCUGAUUUUGCCACCAAAUCGGCUUCCACAUUGAAGUUUCGAGAGAUAAAAUGGAAAGAAAUUACAUCAAACAGAGGGAUAAAGUGAUAGAUGUCAAACAUGAUACCGAACAGUUCAGGUUGAGUCUCGCCCUUGUUCAAUAAAUUGACCAGGGACAAAGAGUCGGAUAGAACUGCCAGGGAUCGGACGUUUGAGAACACGGCAAGAGAUACCGCCCAAUGUACAGCAAUGGCUUCUGCCAUUAGAGCUGAGGAAACAUGACUGUGAGGCAACAACAAACACAAAAAUGAAGCAAAUGGCUCUAAUCCACACCGUGAUAAACUUGCUUCUCAUGGUUCAUGGAGACGUGUCUUCCUCAUCAUCAGCUGUUGGAGAUCCAGGGAUGAAGAGAGACGGUCUCAGAGUGGCGUUUGAAGCUUGGAACUUCUGCAAUGAGGUUGGUCUCGAAGCUCCUCACAUGGGUAGUCCUCGAGCCGCAGAUUGCUUCGAUGUCUCUACAAGUGGUUAUUCCUUGGCACACAAGGUAUCAGACUCGGAUAACAACCUAGGGAUCGGUAAGAGUAAACCAGGAGUCAUAUCAGAAGCAGCAUUACACAACCCUGAUCUUUACGUUGUCGAAAAAGAGCUCUACCUAGGCUCUCUCUGUCAAGUCUCGGACGAACCAAACCCAUGGAGUUUCUGGAUGGUCAUGCUCAAGAACGGAAACUACGACACAAAGUCCGGUCUCUGCCCUCAAAACGGCCGUAAGAUCCCACCUUUCGACCAGCCAGGAAAGUUCCCCUGUUUCGGAACCGGUUGCAUGAACCAACCGGUGUUGAACCAUGGGAAGACUCAGCUUCUGAGUGAUGGUUACACAAUGAGGGGUUGGUUCAAUGGAACGUACGAUCUUGAUGCGGAUGGGGUGAGUUAUUACGAGGUUGUGUGGGAGAAGAGAGUUGGUGUUGGCGGUUGGGUGUUUAAACAUAAGCUUAAGACAUCAUCAAAGUAUCCUUGGCUUAUGCUUUACCUUAGAGCCGAUGCAACUAAAGGGUUCUCUGGUGGAUACCAUUAUGACACUAGAGGAAUGCUCAAAACACUUCCGGAGUCACCAAACUUUAAGGUGAGACUAACCGUAGACAUCAAGCAAGGAGGAGGACCCAAGAGUCAGUUCUACCUUCUCGACAUCGGAAGCUGCUGGAAAAACAACGGCGAGCCAUGCGACGGUGACGUAACAACCGACGUCACUCGUUACUCGGAGAUGAUCAUAAACCCUGAAACAGAGCUUUGGUGCAACCCCAAGACUCUGCACAACUGUCCACCGUACCACACGUUUCGAAACGGCACCAGAGUCCACCGUACGGACAGCCAGAGGUUCCCUUACGAGGCUUACCACGUUUACUGUGCGCCGGGAAACGCCGAGCAUCUCGAGCUUCCGGUGGGGACUUGCGAUCCUUUUAGCAACCCACAGGCUCAAGAGAUUCUUCAGCUUUUGCCUCACCCGGUUUGGGGUGAAUAUGGAUAUCCGACCCGGAGAGGAGAUGGUUGGGUGGGUGACCCGAGAACUUGGGAGCUUGAUGUUGGCGCUUUGUCUAGUAGGCUUUACUUCUACCAGGAUCCCGGUACGACUCCGGCGAGGAGGAUUUGGACAUCGGUGGAUGUUGGUACAGAGAUUUACAAAGACGAAGGAGCAGUUGCAGAAUGGCAUCUUUCUGAUUUCAAUGUUCUUAUUACUUGAUUUAAUUCCCUUUGUUUUAUGUUCUUGAAAUUUUAUUCGAGUGUUUACUAAAUUACUUCUUUUUUUAUACAAUAGUAUUAAACUAAAACAUCUACAGCAAAACGAACAUAAACAAUACUAAAUCCAAGCUAACCAUAUUAAAAGUUAAUUAUUCAUUUGUAUCAGAAUAAAUUAUGAUGUACUUGAGAGAUUAUUCUUGUAGUAGUACCAGAAAGAGAGCAAUGUACUAAUUUUUAAAAAGUGUACUUGCGAUGUGAUUGGGACCUACCACGUGGCAGCUUAAUAAUUCUCUACCUUCCGAUUUAGCCAAUGUCCAAACGCACAAAAGGUCGUAUAAAGUACAAACUACCUUAGAGAUUUUGCAAUACAAACAUAAAAUUAAUAAAUUGUGUGUACUCUUUAUUAGCUAAGCUAGAUCGCAGUACAAGAGUUUCCAUAACAAGGAGUACAAAUAUCUCUUGUGAUGCCUCGUGUAGUACAUCAUAAACACAAGUUCCAAAUAUCUAUUUAAACCUAUGUCAUCAAAACAGCAUCAACUCAUGGAACUUGCCAAGUUCAAAGGUACAACAAGCAAGCUUUUCUUUAAUCUGUUUUACAAUGAAAUGAAGAAGACAAAAGUGGUAAUCAGAGAGAGACAGGGAACAAGCAGAGCAUGGAUUGAGUUUUUACCAAAACAUCAAAUGACUAUGUUUGGUCUCUUCCCAUGCACUGCCUCUUCCCUGGCUCCCUCCUCUUUCUAUCCCUUCUCUUUUUUUUUCUCUCCUUUCAAUGAAUUUUUAUUUUAUUUUACUACUGCUAACACCCUUUUGACAAGCUAAGAGUUCUGGUCUACCUCUGUGUUCAUGAAGUGGAGCUGAAAGAAGCAAUGGCAUCCAUCUCCUGGCGCAAGAGCAGGGCGUCGAUGAAGGUGUCUAGAUUCUCUCCUUCCAUCAUAUCUUCAAUGGCAUGGUGAGUGAUUCCCACACGGUGGUCCGUGACUCUCCCUUGUGGAAAAUUGUACGUACGGAUUCGUCCAGACCGGUCUCCGCUGCCAAUCUGUUAACAGGAUUACACAUCGAUCAGCAAAUAAAGAAAAUGAAUGUAGUAUUGACUGAAUACAUAAGAUAAAAGAUUGUUAAUCCACA